AUGGGCAGGGCGGGCAAAUAUUGUUUUGAGGUAAUCCAUAAUAACAUUUUGUACAUUAAUUAGAUUUUGGGCCUGUGCAUUUUAGACAUGAUGGGUAGCAUUUGGGACCUUAAAUAUAUAAGUUUCUUAUUGAAACUUAUCCAUCAUUUGUAUUAGAUGAUGUAAACUACAAUUUGCCUACUACUGAUGUUGAAAAUAUAAAAUUAAUAGUUUUAAUGUCGUAAUCCAUGUCAUCACAAAAUCCAGUUUUUGCUAGAUAAUUGGUAGGGGAAUUGUAGAUAAAUGAGUGUGAAAAUGAGUCUAUCGUAAUAGUAACAGUUUGAGAUGUCCAUGUACCUCGAAAAUAAAAAUCCACAGAUAAAAAAAAUCCAUUCUCAUACUCUAUAUUAUAUUAAUUUUAAGCUGAUGGAUAUGUGCUAUUAAGAGUAAUGUAGCUUAUUGAAGGUUUUGUGCAAGUUAUAAAAUUUGCUGUUAUUUAUUGGUUGGGCAAUAAAAAGUUUCCUGCAUAAUUAUAAGCGGAUGGCCCAUUAUUAUAAGUAUAAAUGCUAUUAUAACAUAAGUAUUAGUAUUUUGGUUCCCAUUAUGAAUUCGAAAUAUUAAUUAAGCAAAAAAUAAUGA